AUGGCACCAAUUGGAAGAAAGGCUACAUUUCUUCCACCAGGGAGACUUGGUUUAAGUCGUAGUGUAGGUUCGAAAGUUUCUUUUCUUUCUAGAGUAUUAGCUAAAGCACCCUCAAAAACUACGACAAGCAAUGAUAAUCCAGAUGCAAAUGUUCCUACUAUGUGGUCACAUGCAAUUCUCCUUCAAUCUCUUCGUGAGGACGUCGGGAAUGAUGAAAGUGAUAUUAUACAAAGAUCCAUAAAUAAUGCAGCCAUUUCUGACUUCCUUGAGCAGCAAAAUGCUUUACAAGAUUCCUUAACGACCCAAGAGGAAGCACAUAACCCUACAUUAAGGAAGAGAAACAGAAAACCGGAUGCAAAGCCAAGAGGUGUCAACAAGUGCAAGAAAGUAGCAAAUCUUAAAGACGGGGAAAAGUUGGAGGUUGAGUUUUAUAUGAAUGGUGCAGUUGGUGAUAACCAUAAAGAUUUGACAAGGCACAUGGGAAAACUUGUUCGAGAUCGUACUAUAUGUCCAGUAAGAGUGCAUACAUGGGAUGAGAUUGAUAAUAGUGCAAAGGAGCAUAUGUGGCAAUCCGUUUUGGUGGUCUGGAAUGCAUUGAAUGAAACGCCUAAUGAUUUAACACCUGCUGAUUGGAAAUGGUUGGUGGAGGAACAUUUUUCAAGUGAAGCCUUUAAGUUGAGUUCUAGAAACUCUGGCAAUCGAGGCAACUUAACAAUGCUACAUCACACUGGAAGCACACCUUUAAGACAAGUUAUUUGGGAAGAUAUGGGUGGAAAGGAAGGAAAAGAUCUGCCUCCGAUAUCUGCUGUUUUUAAGAAAACCAGAGAGGGAAAGUCCGGCAAUUUAAAAGAAAAUGAUGCUACCAAAUUGGAUGAGAUAGUAAGUGUCGAAAAGGAGAACCCUUCUCUUUCACAAUUUGAAGUUGUUGAAAAAUGCUUUGGGCCACAAGAUCGUGGUGGUGUGGUUUGUUUUGGCUUUGGAAUAAGACCCAAAGAUGUACGAGGCCCUUUACCUACUAGAGCAGAUCUUACAUCACGGGCCCAUGAGAAACAAAAAGAAAAUGAUGAUCUUCGAAAACGCAUGGAUGAAAUGGAAAAAGUUCAUCAAGCAGAUCUUGAGAAGAUGAGUGCUUUAGAAGAGAAAUUCAACUUGUUCCUAGCAGCCUAUAUGCAACAACCUAGCUUUGGUGACCAAGAAAUUCCUGAUGAUAGUUAAAGAUUAAGGUAGUUGAUGACUAUAUAUUAUAGCAUUAUAUUCACCAUAUAUAUAAUUGUUCAAGGCUUAACGAAGCGGGCUUAAUGUGGAGAUUGGUUGUGUCCUCCAUCUAAUUGUAGCUUGUAAUAUUUUUGGCAUACUCUAAUUUUAGCUUACAAAUGUAAUGGGGCUUGUGUUUUUGUAUUAGUAAACAAAAUAUAUCAUUUUGUUGGGUAACGUACUGUUAUGAACAUAUUAUUGUUAAAUGAAAAUUACAAUAUUU